CAUUAUACAUAGAAUCUGGCCCUCGUUUAAGUUUUAGGUCUGUCUCGCGCUUAGAAUGUGGGGAAGCAGAAUUGACCCAACCAAGCGGCACAUGCGCCGCCUGGGGAUCUGGGCGCCUGUAUUUAUGCUCUCCAUAUAUGCAUGGAGCAUAUAUAGCCGGCCGUUGGCAACCAAUGCAGACAGUGCUAUUAGCGCAAGCCAUCAAGAUCCCUACCCGCAACGCGCGCGGAGGGCCCAGCUUUCGGAACCUAAUGCGGAGAAUUCGUGUAGCAUCUCCCUCGCCUCCCGCGCGCCGAUAGCGAACAGCCGGCCGGCAUUCUUUCAGGUGGUGGUCAAGAUGUCGGACCCGCAGCCGCCGCUCAGCGCCUCACUCAGCUACGGAGACGGAUUCGAGCGCAAGUACUGGGCGGCACCCGCGGGCGGCCCGGACUCCGGCGGGCUGCGCUGGUUCGCGCUGGGUCGGGCCAUGGGCGUGCGGCUGGCCGACGGCUCGCCCGAGGCCUCCACCGGCCGGCUGUACGUCGCGGCGGGGUGGUACGACCUGGACUGCCUGGUGCUGGACUCGGCCGGCAAUAGCGCUGCCGGCACCCGCCGCGUGUAUGUGUACGAGUCGGAGCCGCGGCAGGCGGCGGGCGGGCGGCUGGACCUGUUGGCGCCGCCGGCAGUGCCGCCGCCUGCAGCAGGCGCAGCUGGCGGCGGGGGUGGAGGAGGUGGUGGCGGCGGGGGUGGAGGAGGUGGUGGCGGCGGGGGUGGAGGAGGUGGUGCUGUGGGAGUGGAGGUGGAGGUGGAGGUGGACCCGGGGGCGCCGGCGCUGAGGUUCCAAGUGACUGACCUCACUGUGUCCGACAGCGCCCCCCACCAGCUGCCGCACACCACCGCCCUGCCCGCCGCACUGCACGCCUGGCGCCUGGAGGCGGACGGCGUUGAGGGCGACCCGGGCAGCUGGAGGCUGAUGGACACGCGGCGUGUGGACUUCGUGCGGCGCCAGGGCGGCGACGGCACCACCUGGGCACUGGCGCCCCCUGACGCCGGCGGCGGCGGCGGCGGCGGGGACCCGGGCUUCACAACCGACGCCGCCGCCGCCACCUCCACCUUCACACUCAAGCUGCGCGCCCCCGGCCGCUACCGCCUUACCUGGCUGGUACCAGACGUGGAACACCCGGACAGCGACAUGCCGUACGCGGCGGAUCCAGCCAUACCCGCCGGGUCUGGUCCGGAUUUCGGAUCCGGGUCCGGCGUGGCGGCGCUGGGCGGUGUGGAGGUGGUGGCUGUCAGCACGACCCCUGGGUACGUGGUGCCCGCUGCCCCGCCGCCCCCCGGCCUGCCACCCCCCUUCCCCCGGGUGCGCUCCCCCGGGGAUUACUGGCUGGCGCCGCCUCAACAAGGAGACGGCUGGACUGACACGGAGCCGCAGCAGGCGAAGCCCGAGUACAACCCUCCACCGCCGCCGCCUCCACCGCCUCCACCCCAAUUGCCCUCGCUCUCGCCCCCCACCCCACCGCCCGCGCCGCCACCUCCCGCGCCCCCACCACCCUCGCCCCCACCUCCGCCUCCGCCUUCACCACCCUCCCCCUCGCCACCUCGGCCAUCUCCCCCGCGGCCUCCCUCACCCGCGCCCGCGCCCAGCGCCCAGGCCGCCCAGAAGGCUCCGCCGCUGAACCCACUGCCGCCCUCCGCACCCGAGCCCCUGGCGCCAUCAAAAUUCCGGCCGUGGGGCAGUCGCCUCAGUCUCCCAUCGCCGCCGCCGCCCCCACCGCCGCCUCCACCCCCUCCACCCCCUCCGCUUUCUGGGAACAGCGGCGGCGAUGAUGGUGGCGGCGGCAUUGAUGGGGAGUGCGAGUCGCUUCUAAUUGCAGCCUAUGAGCUUCUCGCUAUUGCCACGGCAACUGCUGCCAGCACCCCAGAACUGCAAUCCAGCACAGUUGGCGCCCGCAGGAGAGCGGCGGCUACUGCAGGCGCUGCUGCUACUGCCGACGUCAUCUCCGCUGCUACUGCCGUGCCCUCUCAGCCGUUCUGGGACAUGCGCGCCCACGGUGUGGCCUGGACGUGGGGCGCACACGCGCAGGACUGGGCGCUCAUCACGCAGCAGCCCCAGCUGCAGCAGCCCGGGCCGGCGCCCCGGGCGGUGGUGUGGGUGAGCGACCCAGACUAUCCUGCCCUGCGCGCUUCCCGCACACCCGGAUACGGACCCCUAGCACUUCUGGGCAGCAGCAGCAGCGGCAGCAGCAGCGGCAGCAGCAGCAGCAGCAGCAGCAGCAGCAGCAGCAGCAGUGUAGGCGGUACAGGCAGCAGCGAAGGCGGCGGCUCGCAGCAGCUCGAGAGGGACGUGUGGCGGCCAGCGCGCUACUCGGCCUCAGAGCUGCAGCCGCGGGUGUCUGCCCCACCGCUCAAGCAGCCGCCGCCGCCGCCGCCGCUGCCACUGCUUGUGUUGUAUUUCUACGAGCCGGUGCAGCUGUCGGCGGUGCGGCUGCAGCUGCUUCUGGGAGGAGCCGGAGGAGGUGGAGGAGGAGGACGUGGGGGUGCAGCGGGUGCUGUGUCCGUCAAGGCCUGGCUGCUGCCCUGGGCCGUGGCACAGCGCCGCACCCAGCAGCAGCAGGGGCAGCAGCAGGGGCAGCAGCAGGGGCAGCAGCAGGGGCAGCAGCAGGGGCAGCAGCAGGGGCAGGAGGCGGACCCCAGGGAGGGCGCCUGGCUGCUGUUGAGCGGCUCCCUCAACGCCUCCACCUCCACAUCCACCGCAGGCAGCUCCUCCUCGCAAAACGGCGAUGAUGCGGGUUGCGGUGACGGUGGCAGUGGCGGCGGCGGCAGUGGCGGCGGCGGCAGCGGCAAUGGCGGCGGUGGUGGUGGUGCGGGCUGCGGCGUGUGGCUGGAGCUGCGGGUGCCGCCAGCCGGCUCGCCGGGGGAGGAGCUGGCGGCGGCGGCGGCAGUGGCGGCGGCGGCCGCGACUGGCAGGGGUGACGACGGCAAUGCGGUGGGUGGUGGCGGCGCCUGGGAGCAGCCGGCAGCGCCUGUGCCCUGGCUCCGUGCCGUGGGCGGCGUGGUGUUGCAGGUCGCCCAGCAGGGGCCGGGGCGGGAGGAGACGACAGCCGAGGGGCGGGAGAGGCGGGAGUCUGGGGUUCAGGGGAAGGAGGAGGAGGCGGUUGAUGAGGCGUCUGUGGGGGGUGGGGGCCAGCAGGAGGGGUUGGGGCCGGGUGUGGCGGCGGUGCUGUUUGACGGGCGUGUGCUGCUGCCGCGCAACCCGGCGGUGUACGCAUACUGGGCAAGCCCACGGCGGCCGGCGGCUGAGGGCGGCGGCAGCGGCGAGUCUGGUGACGGCCAUUAGAGGAAUGUUCCGGGCGGCCAGGGACUGCUGCAGUGGGCAUGAAGGUUUCGGUGGAGGAGCGAUACUCCCUCGCAGUUAACGCAUUGAUUGGAGGGAGAAGGUGCGUGCUAUUUAUGUGUGUUUACUUGACCAGUCCUGCAGUCCACGGUCAGAUUGGGUCCCAGUCACAAGCAAUGCAGUUCUGUUGCGGUUGCGGUGCCAUUCAUACCUCCCUUCAUUGAUAUAUAUGCUUACUUAAUGUUUGGUGACGGCAAGGCGUUACAAUACUGGCUUGGAAGUGCGGAGGCAGCCGGGGACGGCAGCCAUAGUCCAUGAGUGUGCGGAUAGGGUUGGCCAGGGUUGGCCGAUCGGGCCGACUGCACGCGUGCAGUAUGUUGACAGAGCCCUCUUGACAUUAUUUGCUUUAAACUGACGUUCAAAACUUGUGAUUAAGCUAUCUGGGAGCGCGCCACAGGGUAGGCGUGUAAGUCCGGGUGACC